AUGGCUGCAGUUCAGGCGAAUAAGGAUAUGGAAGAUCAGAGCCAAGUUGAAGUUGGCACUGAUGCACUCUUUGUUGGAGUUUAUGAUGGACAUAAAGGCGACGCCGCUUCCAUCUAUAUUAUAGAUCAUAUCUUCACUGAACUAUUAAGGAUGAUUCAGCAGAAUAAUAACUCUAUGAAUGAGAUUAUUCUGAGGCAAGUUGUUGACCAAAUGGAGACAGGUUUUAAUGAGUUUGCUAGAAUUAGUUUUGAGCAACAUCAUGAGGUACAGAAGAGUUUUGUUAGUUCAGGUUGUUUGAUUUGUAUCAUAUGGAAAGGGACGUUAUUUGUCGCCAACGUUGGAGACUCGCGCGCUAUACUCGGUUCUCAGAAGGGCAUUGGUAAAAGAUUGGUUGUUAAACAGAUGGUUAGUGAUCACAGUUUUCUAAAUCCAGAUAUUAAACAAGAAUUCACUGAAUUGCAUCCAGAUUAUAAUAAUCGUAGUCGCUACCAUAGCAUUGAAGUUAAAGGCUUAAUCGAGACAAGUAGAUGUAUAGGAUAUGCAUAUAUGAAAAAUGCACUGUUCACCAAAAGGAGAUCAUUCGAAAUCCCAUUGUCUGAAGUAGUGACUCCACCUUUUACAAGACCUUUGCUAUCAUCACAGCCAGAAGUUUUUUCAAGAGUCUUAAGUGACAGUGAUAGAUUCAUUAUAUUUGGAUCUGGUGGAUUUUGGAAAUUGAUUUCAAAUGAGAAGGCUGCUAGAGUUGUUAACACCAGUCCACGAGAUAGAAUCGCUGAAAGACUUGCCAUGCUUGCUCUAGAGAAGGGGGCUGGUAAAAGGCGGAUAAAAUAUCGUGACCUUAUAGAGAUUCCUAAGAGUAAUUGUAUUAGUGGGAACAAUGGCAAUCAAAAUUAUGGAUUUAGAUCGGCUUAUCAUGAUGAUAUAACUGUGAUUGUUGUCUAUUUGGACCAAAGGCCAUAUAGGGAGGGUGUGACGCCAAAGAUCAACUCCUAUGCAGGCUACGAUUACGCAGUUCAACAAUCAGAGUUUACAAAUUUCUAUAAUAAUGCUAAUGUGUGA